CUAUUCUAUUUGAAUGUUUGCCCUUUUCCGACAUGGGGUUUCCCCUGCUCUUAUUAUUUGGGUUGGUUGGACUGGCGGUUGCACCUCCACCACAGAGAGUUCAGAUUGAGCAUCAGGCGACUCAAGAGAGACAGGAGCCUAGCCCGAACAAUGCUCAAGCACAGCAAGGAACUACUCCGGAUGAUGAUGAAACAGGGCAGAAACCGUUAUAUCAAUUCACAUACUCCAAAUACCUCGAAGAAGUAGUCAAGAUCCUCGAAAGUGAUCCGAAAUUUUCUGAGAAAAUUCGUGGAAUGCCGGAAGAAGACAUAAAGUCGGGGAAAAUAGCAGAUCAUAUUGAUGAUCUUGAUAGCCAUGUGUUCGACAAGCUGACUAAAGCAAAACUUGAUGAGCUCGAGCGACUACGAGUUCAAAUCCAAAAGCAGAUUGAGGCGGAUGGUGGGGCGCACAAUGUCAAGAUGCCAGAGCAUUUGGAUGCUACGAAUUGGGAAAAGUUUGGAAAAGAAGAUCUAAGAAGAUUGAUCCUUCGAACAGUGCAAGACAUGGAAGAAAUGGACAAACAACGUCAAAAGGAGUUCAAGGAAUACGAAAUGCGUAAAAAAGCAGAAGAAGACCAUAAAUUUGCUCAGAUGGAAGAACAAGAACGGGCUAAGGCCAUGCAUGAGGCUGAGGAAGCGAGAAAACGACAUAAUGAGCAUGAAAAGUUGAAACAUCCGGGAAGUCGCGACCAGCUUGAAGAAGUUUGGGAAGAAACGGAUCAUAUGGACAAAGACAAUUUUGACCCGCGAACAUUCUUUGCUCUUCAUGAUUUGAAUGGUGAUGGGUACUGGAACGCUGAUGAGUUGGAAGCCCUGUUCCAGAAGGAGCUCGAAAAACUUUACAACGAAACGAAUCCCGAUGAUGAUCCUCGCGAACGGAUGGAAGAAAUGUAUCGAAUGCGAGAGCACGUGACCAAGCAGAUGGAUAAAAAUGGAGAUCGUCUAAUCUCACUUGAGGAGUUUCUCCAGGAUACUGAGGCACAAACCCCUGAUGAUGAUCCCGGUUGGAAGGACAUUGGUGACCAGCAGGUUUAUACUGAUGAGGAACUGCAGCAAUUUGAGAAGGAAUAUGCGAAGAAGAAAGCACUUCCACCCGUGCAAGCACAACAAUUCCACCAGCAGCAACCACAGCAAAUAAACCCGCAACAGGGACAAAUACCUCAGCAGCCACCGCAGUAUCAACAACAACAACAACAGUAUCAACAGCAACAGGUUCCACAACAACAAUAUCAACAGCAACAGGUUCCACAACAACAGUAUCAACAGCAACAGGUUCCACAACAACAGUAUCAACAGCAACAGGUUCCACAACAACAGGUUCCACAGCAACAACAGGUUCCCAUUCGACAUGAACCCAUAGUUGAGAAACCAAAGGAUCCAACAUAUGGAAUCUAAUUUAUCACGGCAAUGGACUUACGAGUUGUUCGUCUUCCGAUUCUGAAUGGGCUGAUACUUAAUUUAUAAUAGUAUUUUAUACUAGUUUGCAUUUUCGUCAGCAGUUAUACGGAUACCGU